AUGUCGUCUGCUUUGGAAGCUACCUAUGCAGCAUGGCGCGGAAAGUAUUUGCGCUCAUACCAAGAUGGAUACUACAUUUACUAUAAAGAACCAAGCGAAAACGUCCCCGAAAUGACAUGCUCAGAAGCUCAUGGUUACGGUAUGCUAGUCUCUGUUUUAAAGCGGAAUCAACAAGACUUUGAUGGCCUAUUCCGGUAUUUUAUGCGAUGGCGUAACCGCAAGGGAUUGAUGCAGUGGCAACAAAAGAACUCGUCUUCGAGCCAAUUCGUACCUGGUGACGAAGGAGGUGAAAACUGUGCAACGGACGGCGACGUGGACGUGGCUACAUCAUUAUUUUUAGCAGCCCGAGUAUGGGGCCGUGGCGGUGCACAGGGCGAGAUCGACUACCGGGCAGCAGCCAGCGAACUUGCCGGUGCUGUAUGGGAACACUGCUUCAAUCACGAGACGUUUAUGCCCUUAAUUGGCGACUGGGCAGAUCCUGGCGACGAUGCAUACCUCUUGACACGACCGAGCGAUUUUAUUUUGAGCGGCUACUUGGUGUUUUACCAAGACGAUACCCCUCGUCAGCAACAAUGGGGAAAUGUGAUUAACGCCAUUGUGAAUUGUGUCAAUGGCCAGCUGUCUUUGAACCCUCAGACUGGUCUUAUUGGUGACUUUUUAAAGAUGGAUAACAAUCGACACUACUACCCAGCUCGUGGCGAAGUCUUGGAGAGCGAGCAUGAUGGCGAUUAUAACUGGAAUUCGUGUCGUGUACCGUGGCGGUUGGGCCAUUACUACAUGCUUACACGCGACGAACGCGUGCGUGGCGUGCUCGAAACUCAGGCACAGUUUUUCGCUCAUCAAAUAGGCCAACGAGGCGUGUGUGCAAACGGAGAUUGUGCUGUGCGCGCAGGAUACCAUCUCAACGGACGUUCUUUUGCGGAUUACACAGAUAUGGCCUUUGUCGCCCCAGUGAGCUUUCUAUUCUGGGUCCUCGGCUGGCAGAAUCAGCUGAAUGACAUAUUGCAAGAUAUGAACGCUAUGCAGGAACGGACCUAUUUUGGAGAGACAAUCGCCAUGUUGUGUGUUAUUGAAGCUGCUGUACCAUUUUAA